AUGGAGAUCUUGGACUUUGGAGCCGGUAUCGCGAUCACACCAUUCGUGGUUCCUCCUCAUCUAGCGGCUACACAUCAGCAGCAGCUCUUGCGCCUCUCCUCUAUCUCGUCCCUGGGCCUGGAGGCCGCCAUAAACAUGGACAUGGAGUUGGUGUUGGACGAGGACAGGUCUCGUCCAACCAAGAAGUAUCGCAAAGGAAUAGAGACCAGCAAAGAAAAACAAAAGGAGGAGGAGGUGUACUAUCAGGAAAUAACGAAGGAGGAGAUGGAGGGAAUCAAAUUCGUGGUCUAUGAGUUCCUCGGUGUGCCAUCGCCGUCGCCGUCAGAGGAUGGCCGCCUCGAAGCCAAAGGUGUUGAAGACGUUAUGAACCGGAGGGUGCUGCGGCCAUACAAUGAAGUCACUACCCUUAUAAGCGACCACAGUGGUCUACUGGUACUGUUUGAUCUCUUUGCCCUUCUCGGUGUGCACGAUGCUCUGUCUGAGGCCUUAUCAGCGAUCCGAUGGCUAUUCAGUUCGCCUCCCUCUGGAGGAGUUGAAAGAAUACAGGACAAGAUAGUCCGCAUUCUGUCAGCAAAGCAGACCAAGGCGGCUGAGGCCAUAUGGAGCACAAUGCAGCAAAUUUUGAUGGAGUUCACCAAGGAUCGAGAUAACUUGUCGUGUUCUCUAGAUACACAAGAAUCAUCAGACGUUCACAAGGCCACUCAGUUCGUAAUCUGCGGUUUCGUCCAAGGAACUCUCGUGCGCGCGGCCCCUCAAAAGUCAGACUUGUGCCGCUUACCCGGGCUACAGAAGCAUACUUUUGAUCAUGCGCGGAGCUGGAUCCAGGCUCUCACUAAAAUCACGGAGACCAUAAGUUGCAUGGCGUCCCUCUGUCCUGAUCAGCCUGAGAGUGAUGUUAGAACAGAGAGUGGGAAUGGAGCUAAUAUUGUGGAUCAAUUCCAGUUCGCACAAUUUAUCCAAAAAACCAUGUUGAAACUGUUGGCUUUUGCCGAUGUCAUAGAUACUUUGGAUGCUAAGCAGAUCACUUUAGAAGAACAAGAUCUUAGGAAUUGGAUGGUGCCGCGACAGCAGUACGAUCACCUCCAUACCCUGCUUUCUGUGCACGGUGCUCUGUCCAGUGCCUUGGACAAGAUCCGGUUGUCAUUCCCUUCGCCAAGCUCUGCACAAGUUGAAAGGAUACAAGGUGAGAUAGUCAGCCUGUUGUCAUCAGAGGAGGCCAAGGUGGCUGAGGCCAUAUGGAGCACAAUGCAGCAAAUCAGGACAGAGUCAAUAGAGGAUGACGACGGCUCGUUUACUUCUCUAAAUCCACAAGAAUCAUCAAACAUUCACAAGACUACUCAAUCCGUAGUUACGUACAUCAGGAUCUUGCAGUGUCAUUGCCGGCAUGUGGCUGCAGUUGUCUCUGAAGCAACUAAACCUGGUAAGUAUGUGCCUCAGAUUGGAAACUUACAACCGUUAAACAGCAUGAUCAUAGAGAUGGUUUCUCGUCUGCAAGAAAAGCUUGCCAACAUAUCAGAAUCCUAUUCAGAUCAAUGCCUCAGAUUCUUAUUCUUGCUGAACAACUCAUACUUGAUCAUAAAGCAGAAGCUCCACUAUGAGUCUGAUUCGUCUCUUCAAGUCCACGUGGCAGCUCUCGUUAGCAAAGUUGAGAUGUACAUGGAGAGUUAUCUACAAUUAUCUUGGGACCCGGUCUUCCCGCUGACCAAGUUUGAGUCUGCAUUUCAGAAAACCUACUCUAGACAAAAGCUGUGGAAGGUCCCAGAUCCUGAGCUGAGAAAGAGGCUGCGCAAAGCUAUCACUAAUAAAAUCAUCUAUGGCUACACAAGAUACAUAGAUGACAACAAUAUUACCACCCCAAAAUUCACAACCCAGGAGCUGCAAGAGUUGUUUGAAGGAUGA